CAUCCACUCACCACAUUGCGCAUUCACCACUUACACUUCAUUCAUUAUCCUUCAUUCCUCACACUUCACGCACACUGCGGCAAAACCUGUCACGGUUGUACACUGCACCACAGUCAACGACUUGAUCUACGGCCUAAAGGUUACAUCGGUACUGCAACCAUCAUACCCACAUCGCAAUAGCCUCAUACAUUGCAAGGAGGGAUGGACAUGGACGAAACAAUGACGACUUCGACUUCUUCUUCUUCUUCUUCUCCUCCGGCGCCUUCGCAACCUGACAACAAUAACGACGAUGAUCUCUUUCCUCAGACGUCAGCCUCGGCGCCCAAUGCUGCUCCCCGAACCCCCAAUCCACCACCAAACGAACAUCUGAACGCUUCUGCACCAGGUGAACUGUCUCCGCCGCGCUCACAGGGCCACGCAAACGACGAUCAGCAACCCAUCUUCAACAACGGAGCAAACACAAGCAGUCGAAGAUUACGAAGUGGAGUCGGCUCUAGUACCAACGGCACUGGUAAUCGGAUACCAGGCAUUACGAGUGUUGCGAACGCGACUACAACAUCAGGCACAGCGUCGUUUGUGGAAGACAGCAGAGAGGAAGGUCCGGGAUGGGGUUGGAAGAAUAAGAAAGCACAGGAAGAGAUGUCGCGUGCCUGGGAUAAUGUGGUCGAUCGGGAUUUCAGUCUCAAAGAGUAUGGAGAUAUCAUGAUGCUGGCAAACCAAGGGCGAUGAAGUUGUCACGAUCGCCUUGUUGAACAAGACGUCGACUUAUUCCAGAUCAAACCGGAUAGAGAGGUGCAAGCUUGGACCUUUGCUGCGCAGGAAACCCUGUUUUUCUGUUUGACAUGCAUAGCGGUGGCGCAUAACGUGGAUACGCGAACGAAUCCGUGGCUUCUACGGAGUACGUAUCGAAGAGAAGAAGCGAGCAAGAUCGGUGCAGAUGACAUUGCACUGUUUUGCCACGAAGUAAUGGAAACGGCCGCAGGAGGUCCUGGGAAGCAGAUAAUGAAUGAACGAAUGAGAAUAGCCAAUGCUCGAAUAUGAAUGCUAGAAAUACUCAAGCCGCUCAACACCAUAAUCAGGAUCAGGUAUGUACCACCUACGAAAUGGAACGUUCGAAAGGAAUGAAAG